AAACCUGUAAAUGAGUGUUUCUUAAAAAAAGAAGUAAAAUUGUCUGAGAAACGGCACUGGAUAAAGCUUUAAGCAAAGAGCCUUUUCUCAUCUUCUUUAAUGGCAGAUCUCUCGUUUUACUGACUUGCAUUCGGAGUUUACAGCCUCGUUUUUUAGUUAGCUGAGUUGAAUCGUUCUGCUGAGUUGAAUAAGUGAUCGGAAAUGCUGGACGGGAUCUUAGGCCGUGGUUUUGCCUCCAAAUGUAAGUCAUUGAUAAAACUGAUAAAGAGUCGGAUCGAGGUGAUUAGGAGGAAGAAGAUUGCGACGCUUAAGUUUUUGAAGAAAGAUGUAGCCGAUCUGCUUGCUAAUGGCCUCGAUAUGAAUGCUUAUGGCAGGGUAGAAGGAUAUAUUGUUGAAUUGGUUCUUUCAUCUUGCUACGAUUUUGUCGAAGAUUGCUGUGAUUUCGUGUCGAAGCAUGUUUCACUUCUGCAAAAAUUGAGAGAUUGCCCUGAAGAUUGCCGGGAAGCUGUCUCAUCUCUAAUGUUUGCCGCUGCAAGAUUCUCCGAUUUGCCAGAGUUGCGUGAUCUUAGGCAAAUAUUUCAUGAAAGAUAUGGAAAUUCUCUGGAAUUAUUUGUCAAUAAACAGCUUGUCGAGAAUUCAGCUUCAAAUUCUUUUGCAAUGGAGAAGAAAGUCAAAGUGAUGCAUGAUAUAGCAUCAGAGUUUUCCAUAAAUUGGGACUCCGAAGCUUUCAAGCGAAGAAUGUCUAAACCUAAUGUGAUUCCAUCGGACCUGCCUAAAAAUCAUGGCUUUUUCCCUGUCGGUGGUCAUAAUCAUAAAUCAAACGGUGGAAUAAGAGCUGAUCCACGAGAGGAAAAAUUUAAAGUUCCAACUAAAGAAAAACUCGAACUGGGUAAAGCCGGGCACAGAUUGGGCAACUCCAAGGAGGAGGAUGCCUCAAAAAGGGAUGAUAUCGUCCUUCCACCUAAACAGGAAUUCGUUGUUGGUGAGUAUCAUCCGCAUCAUGGUAAGGAGCAAGCUACUGCAAGGAAGGAGACUCAAGACAUUCAGUUACGGAAAAAACAAGAAGUAUCUGCUGGUAACCUUGACUGUUGGAACGGGAAGGAUGAUGUUGCCUUGAAAACAGCAAGAUUAAGCAGUUCUUCACAUGGGAAAAUAAUGGAAAGAGCUGAUGGUGGAGCCAAACUACAAGAUGGUAGGCAGAAUGGUACACCUAGAAGAUAUAAUCAAGAUGUUCUACCCGAGAGAAAGCCAGAGCAAAGUCCUAGUUAUGCAGAUCCUUGGUCAAAGAAUCGUGAUGGUUUUCCAAAUUCAACAAGAAAAACUCACGAGGAAGAUGAACCCAAGAGGAAGUCCCACUUCAAUAGUAGCAUCCCCCCUCCUUAUGUUAAACCCAAUACCAAACCGAAGGAUCGCAGGCAUGACGAUGCCGAUGUGGGGUCUUCACUUACUGCUUCUGGCAGCAAUGGGGUCUCUGUUGAUCGAUCAACUCAUGACAAGUAUGCGGUUAAUAGGACUGAUAAGUACCAAGAAGGGUUAUAUCAGCCUGAUAAAGAGGGUCAGGUAAUUCCACCUCCUUCUAUGAAUAGUCAUGGACGUGAUCAUGAUUACUACUAUAAUCAUCAUGGAAGUGAUGUUCCUAUACCAAGACUAAGAUCAUCUAGAAGGCGACAUAAAACAUCUUCCAGUCAUACUGAAGUCGAUAAUGCCGAAGAUGUUGAAUCUGCAAGGAGCAGAAGACCAAGAAGCAGGAGAAAGGAGGACUCAAGACGAGGUCUGCAACUUUUAUUUGAUGAUGAGCAGCAUAAAGAUGACGAGGAGGAAAGGAUAAUUGACAAUCUGUUGAUACAUUACAGUAAGAAGCCACCGUCGGACGCAGAGGGAAUGAUAAGAAGAAAGUCUAAAAGUCGUCAUGCACAUCGUAGGGGAAGCAAUGCGGGUGAUUGUGAAGCUCCUCAGAAAGCAAGCAGGGAUAGAUCCGAUGAUAUGCCCGAGACCGUUUCCUGUCCAGCCCGAUCAGUAUCUCUCCCUCCUGCACAAACUGCAGAAUCAGAGGGAACCAAGGUGAUUGCUCGUGCUGCCUCCUUUCAGCCUGAUAGGUCUAACGCGGCUCAGCAUGUGCAUCCCAAGUUACCAGAUUAUGAUGAUUUAGCAGCUCACUUUGCUGCAAUGAAAGACAGAUAGAGCUCUAGUUUAAUCCACACUGAAUCAUUCUUUCUUUCUUUUUUUAU